CUUCAUUUUGCACCAGCUUCUUGCCUAGACUACUAGGACUAGAUUCCUGUUCGCCUCAUUGCCUGCCCUAGAAACACAGAAAUUUUCUGUUUAACGUUAACAAAAUAUCGACCACUCACGCCGCCUUUCUGCAGCAUCAGUCGUCCCACCAAGCCGCAUCGCGCAGUGUUUUUCGAAUUAUAAGACUGGCCUUCCAUCUCCCGAUGUGGAGGUGCGCUCUCAUGGGACGCCCCAUCAGCAUAAGUCUCGGCGCACUGUUCGUGCUGACGUGUCUCGCCGCCGUUUCCCCCGUCCGCUGUGUGCCCGACGCCGCCUCCCAAAGUGCGUUUCUUCCAGGGCGAAUUCUCGAUCUCUGGGAAAAAUUCACUGGUUGCGAGCGCAAAUGAAUGCUGAGUUUCAGGGUGACACGAAGGAAUCAAGGCGUUCGCCCACCUCGAACCCCUAGGCGGCCCUAGUAGGUUUCUCACUCGAUGGGACUUGAGAGUUCUCGGGAGUAAAUGAGAUCACAACCGAUACUAGUAACUACCGUAUAGCCUAAAAAAAAAAAAAAAAAAAAAAAACGCUGUAUGUGUUCACAAAAUAUCUUCAUUAAAAUGUGGAUUUCUCCUACAGUGUGCUGUAUUUGUUGUACAGCAAGGCUACUCCGUGGCUACCCGUACUUCUGAUCCCGGUAUUUGGGACGACGUGUGCUCAAAUCAGUAGAAACGCUGUAUUUCUUUUUCACUGUAAUCUAUAACGUCCACACGGACGGAAUUACCCCAGAAUGUGAGAACGCAAUCCGCUGCGCCUCUGGGCAACCCUCGUUUUACCCAGUGGGUAGCGAGGCGUUAUACUGGAAUCAGAGCCUAGGUUUCGAUUCCCAACUGGUCACAUUUCCGCUCGAAAGGCGAGAACUCGAAUGUGGUAACCACGUCACAAAAAUGUGGAUCUCUCCUAUAUUGUAGGUAUAGUUGUUCGUAUAGCAAGGCUACUCCGUAGCAGACGAGAUUUUAUCGCGCGGGCUUAACCGGGUCUAUUCCAUCUAUCAUCAGCAGCAUGGUCCGCCUGACUGUCCUGGAUCUCGGUGGCAACCAACUCAGCGACCAGAUACCUUCCAGCAUUGGUGCUCUCCUAGAUCUCCGCUAUUUGCAUGGUCACCAAUAUGGAUUUAGAGUUACAAGGGUUGACGGGAUCCAUCCCAUCUACUAUCUGCAGCAUGGUCAGCCUAACAAGCCUACGUUUAAAAUGGAACAACCUUAGUGGCUCGAUACCCUUAGGCAUCGGCAAUCUCCUCGACCUGUACUAUUUGGAUCUGAAGGGUAAUCAUUUGACUGGGUCUAUUCCGUCUACCAUUGGCAGCAUGACCAGCCUUGAAUUUUGGAAUCUUGGAUGGAACGCCUUGACUGGGUCUAUUCCAUCUACCAUCGGCAACAUGAGCAGCCUCCAUCACCUGAGUCUAGCCUCAAACGUCAUCUCGAGCAGCAUCCCAGAGUCAUUCGGAAACCUCAUCGGCAUGAGAGAAUUGAAACUCUACAACAACAGUUUAACUGGCAGCAUUCCAGACUCCAUCAGCAAGCUCGUAAAAAUUGUAAUACUGGAUGUCAGCCAAAACUAUCUCACCGGCCACCUCCCUCCAACAAUCGGCAGCCUUUCCGAACUUUCGUACCUAAACACAACUGCAACAGCAAUUACAUGCCCACCUGACAACAGCAGCUGUUUGGUCCCACAGAACACUUCAAGCGUUUUCUGCCAGCAGUGCCCUUCGUUCUGCUCCACCUGUGACAAGUCACCACCAGCACCAUCCUCUUCCUCCCAGCCUCAACCCGGAUCCUCUCCCUCCCAGUCUGGGGGUGGGCUGUCAGCAGGCGCCAUAGCUGGCAUUGCUGCUGCUGGCGGUGUGGCUAUCCUCGUGCUGCUACUGCUGGGUCUGAAGCUGUGCAAGCGAUGGCAUACCAAAGGGGCUGCAGCUCGAGGCGAUGGUGGCAGAGAUGCAGACGGCAAGGCUGUGGCAGAAGAGAGUGUGCUCCAAGGGUUACCAGGGGAAACUUACAAUGUGGAAGAGAGGGAUCCAGAAGCAGCAGCAGCCGCGGCAGCAGCGGCAGCUGUGGCAGCAGGAGCAGCAGCAGCACGAGGGCAGGAGGGAGGGGAUUUGGUGGUGGAUAUGGAGGCAGUGAAGCCGCAAGUGUGCCGGAAGUUCACUCUGGAAGAGCUGGCAAACGCAACAGCGGAUUGGGCCGAGGUGAAUAGGAUUGGCAGCGGCAGCUAUGGGGAUGUGUACAAGGGCGUGUCUCCGUACGACCCAAAUGAGACAUGGGCUGUGAAGCGAUCCAGGAUUCUCUCCAAUGACUUCCUCACAGAGGUGAACGAGAUGGCAUCAAAGCACCACCCUCACCUGGUGCGUCUGCUAGGCUUCUGUGUGAACUUCGAUCCGACCACGAGCCGCAUGGAGCAGCUGUUGGUGUAUGAGUUCAUGGCCAACCGAGACCUGGAGAGCUGGAUUGGACCUGGUGCUCCACAGCAUCUUUUGCUGCUGCAACGCCUGGAAAUCUUAAUUGGGGUGGCAAAGGGGCUGCAGUACCUUCACGAUUUCGGUAUUGUGCAUCGCGACAUCAAGCCUGCCAACAUUCUCCUCGACACAAGAAUGCAGGCUAAGAUUGCAGACUUUGGGCUAGUGAAACUCACUGGGGGCACCUCAAUGGGCACAUCUGUGGCUGCCACUCGAGUGAUGGGAACACCCGGCUAUGUGGACCCUGUGUAUUACACGUCUCACAAGGCCUCUACAGCAGCAGACGUCUACAGCUUUGGAGUGGUGAUGCUGGUGGUCAUCUCAGCACGCAAGGCUGUGCAAGUGAAAGGGGACAGCCAGAUUAGCCUAAAGCAAUGGGUCGCCCCAUUCGUGGAGUCACGUGAUGUGGCAGUGUUCAAGGACCCUUACUUGGAGGCACCGGAUGAUGUGGUGCUGCGCUUGGCUCGCCUUGCCCUCUCCUGUACUGCUAUGCAUGUGGCCUCCCGCCCAUCCAUGAACCAAAUGCUUGGAGAGCUGGUGAAGGUCAAGCAGGAGAUGCUCGGGGCGCUAGUGAACAAGGCGGUAUCAACCAUCAACAUAGAAAGUGGGAGUUCCGCUAGCGGCCCCUCCGGCUUCACUGCUGAAAUGGCCCGUGCGGAGCAUGAGGGUGUGCAGAGUGGCUCCUCUACUAGCAUGUCAUAGGAGCGCAUAUUUUUUCUAAGGGCCAUGCCAGUGUUCAAGCACCCUUUAACUCACCAGAU